AUGCUCUGCGCAAUAUCUGGCGAAGCGCCAGAACAUCCAGUAGCCUCCAGAAAGUCCGGAAACAUCUUCGAACGGCGAUUGAUCGAAGCAUACAUCAGCGAAAACGGCACUGACCCAGUCAAUGGCGAGGAGCUAUCCAUCGAUGACCUCCUCGACCUUCGAUCCGCGCGCGUGGUCAAACCCCGGCCUCCCACCCUCACCUCCAUUCCCGCCCUCCUCUCCACGUUUCAAAACGAGUGGGAUGCCUUGAUAUUAGAGUCAUUCCAGCUCAAGCAACAACUGGCCGAGACUAGACAAGAGUUGAGCACCGCGCUGUACUACAAUGAUUCUGCACAGCGGGUGAUUGCGCGACUGCAGAGAGAGCGGGAUGAAGCAAGAGAUGCGCUGGCCAGAGUGCAAGUGACUGGUGGUGCGGCGAAUGGUGUGUCGAAUGGCGAUGCUAUGCACGUCGAUGGCCAGGCCCUGCCCGACGAGAUCAUUGCCAAGGUGGACGAGACACAGGCGCGACUUUCGGCCGGCAGGCGGAAGAGACCAGUGCCCGCAGACUGGGCGACCGCGGAUGCCAUUGCCACGUAUGAUGUCCGCACCAAGGCCGAUACCCAAUUCACGGGCGCCAAGACCCUGGCCGUCGAUGAGUCGGGUGAUUCCUUCCUGUGUGGAGAUUCCGACGGCGACAUUGGUGUAUAUGAUCUGCAGGCGGCUGCCUUCACCACGCGAAGCAACGUGGGAGCCGGUGGCAUCAACAGUGUCGGCUGGGCGAAUGACAAGGCUGUGGUUGCUACUGCAAGUGGGACAGUCGUUGUCACACAAGGCGGAUCGGUCGAGACGAAAUUCACCCAGCAUGCCGGAGCUGCUACCGCCGUCGCUGUACAUCCCUGCGGCGAUGUGCUUGCUUCUGUUGGCAUCGACAAGAGCUACGUGCUUUAUGAUUUGCAGAAUGCGAGAGUGCUGACGCAAAUCUUCACCGAUUCGAUCCUCACCUCCGUCGCCUUCCACCCCGACGGCCAUCUCCUGUGCACCGGCACAGCCAGCGGCAACAUCAAACUGUUCGACGUCAAGACGAAUCAACUCGUGCACACUUUCGAAGCGCCGCCCAAUGCCGUCCGAGCGGUACAAUCUCUCACUUUCUCGGAGAACGGCACAUGGCUGGCGUCAUCCAACGUCGAUCAAACGAGCGUGUGGAUCUGGGACUUGCGAAAGACGAGUCUUCUCAAAACCCUCGAGGUCGGCACGCCCGUCACCGGAGUGGCAUGGGAUUACACCGGGCAGUAUCUCGCCGUUUCUGGCAGCGGUGGCAUCAUCGUGGAGCAAUACGCCAAAAGCGAAAAGGCUUGGAGGGAGGUGCUGAGGAAGGCCGUCCCGGCUGUGGAUGUCAGAUGGGGAGCGAAGGCGGGCAGUCUGGUUGCUUUGACGGCGGAGGGGGAUGUUGUCGUUCUUGGUGCUUGA